AUGUUAAAUCAAAGUGAUAUUAAUAAUGUAGAGAAUGUUAUUUAAUAAGUGAUUGAUUCCCUUUCAAUAUGUAGAUAAAGGAUAGAAGAAUUACACAUAGAAAAAGAGUCACAUGAUAAAAUGAAAGAAAAUAUGGACUUAAUUAAGUCAAGUUAAUAAGAAUUUCAUCAUAUUAUAAAUGAAUAUUUCAAGGAUUUAGGUGAAAAUUUUAGAUCUUUGUAGAGUCGAUAUCCUAAUUCUGAAGUUAAAAGUAAUUAUACUACGAAUAUUAGAACAGUUAAUUUUAAAAUUAGAUGAAUAUAUUUAAAAUUUAGAUAUUCAAGCUUCAAAAUUAGCAGAAAAUUAAUUCACAUUAUAAGACUAUGAAUACUUUAAAUAAUAAAAUUAUCCAAAUUUAAUGUAAAAUUUUAGUAAAAUAAGUUUAGAAAUGAAUUAUCAAAAGAAAUAGAUGAAUUAGCAACUUAUUCACAACGGAACAAUAAACAAGAUUAAGAUUUAUUACCAUAGGUUAAAGUUAAUCAUAGAGUGGUAGAAGGCUUAUAUUUAACAUUAAAUGAUUAUGCUUCAGUUUAAUGGAGUGGAGAUAUACCAAUAGAGAAUUGUAAUAAACCAAUAAUUGAGUCUAAAGGAGGAAUAGCUUUGGAUAAUUUAAUUAUUAUAGAUGAAACUCAUCUUUAAUAUGGAUUAUAUAAUAUAGCUACUAAUGAGUAUCAUGUCCAUUAAUAUAAUUCAAAAGUGAAUAUCAAUUAUUCACCUUCUGUUGUUUAAGGAGAAUCUGGCUAAACCUAUUUGAUAGGUGGAGUUACUUAAUAAGGAUUAAUAAGUGCUUAAUUUAACUAAUUAGAUGUGAAUUCUGGUCAAAUUAUAAGUUUACCAGAUAUGAAUGUUAAAAGAGUUGGAUGUAGUAGCAUUAUUAUAAGAGAAGGAGAUUGUUAAUAUCUCUAUGUUAUUGGUGGUAAAACUUGUAAUAAAGUGAAAACAAAAUUAUGUGAAAGAUAUAAUUUUACAACAUAAAAAUGGGAAUUUAUAACUAAAAUGAAUCAUGCCAGAUCUAAUUCUGCUAUUGCAAAACAUGAUGAUUAUAUAUAUGUUUUUUUUGGAAUAGAUUCAGAAAAUCAAAAUUCAAAUUUCAUUGAAAGAUACAAUUAUGCUAACACAAAAACAUGGGAAGUAAUAUGCAUCUAAAAUUCAUUACCAGGUUUUGACAGUUCUAAUUGUUCUGCUAUUUCUAUUAAUUAAAGUUAAAUCUUGCUUUUAGGAGGAAUCAGGUAUAGUAUAAUUUUCAAUGAUUAAAUGUAUUUUAAUAGGAAAUUACUUGCAUUAAAUAUUACAAAUAGCACUUUUUCAGUAAUGGAUAACUAAUUACCAAUUGAUUUUAUUCCUUACUCUCAUAUGGUUAUAUAUAAAAAUGAAAUCUAUGCUAUUGGAUACACAAUUAAAUAGGCUGAAAUUAAGCCAACACUUUUUCUAGAUGGAGGAUUUGUUUUAAAAAUUAGUAAAGAUUAUGUUAAAAUUCUAAAAUUUAUACCAGCAUUUUAAAAUAAAUGA